AAGGUUGUAUCUUCACACAAGUGAGAAAUUAAUGCAAUUAUCUAUGACUUUUCUCUCUUUUUCAUUCAUUUUUCUUUGUUAUCUUUCAACAUUUGAUUCUGUCAACAGUCACCAAUUUGGAAGACACAAAUACACCGAGACGAACAGAGUGAGAAUGGAUUUCAGUGUAUUGAGAAAAACGAUUGAGUCUGUGGAACUUGUGGAUGGUCAUGCCCAUAACUUAGUUGCGGUUGACUCAAACUUUUCUUUGAUUCAUGCUUUUUCAUUAGCGCAUGGUGAUGCUGUUGCUUCAACACAAUACUCUCUAUCCUUCAAGAGAAAUCUAAGAGAUGUUGCUGAGUUGUAUGGAUGCGAGCCAACUUUGGAAGCUGUUGAAGAAUACAGAAGAAUUUCAGGAUUAGAAUCUGUUAGUUCAACAUGCUUCAAAGCUGCAAGAAUCUCUACAGUGAUCUUCGAUGAUGGGAUACAUUUGGACAAAAUACUUGAUACUGAAUGGCACAGGAGUUUUACUCCUCAUGUCGCUAGACUCGUGAGAGUUGAACGCCUUGCUGAAAAUAUCCUAAAUGAAGGUUUGCCAAAUGGAACUUCUUGGACUCUGGAUUCAUUCACUAAAGCAUUUCUCUCCAAGUUGGAAUCUGUUGCUGAUGAGAUAGUUGGUUUGAAAAGCAUAGCAGCAUACUACUUUGGCCUAGACAUCAAUACAAAGGUGACUAAAAAGGAAGCUGAGGAAGGUCUGCAGCAGGUGUUAGCUGUUUUCAAGCCUGUCUUGGUAGCAAACAAAAAUCUGGUUGACUACAUCUUCUUGCUAAGUUUGGAAUUUUCUCAAUCCCAUGACUUGCCAAUGCAGCUACACACAGGCUUUGGUGAUAGAGGUUUGAAUCUAAGAAUGUCAAAUCCUCUUUAUCUCCACAAUGUUCUUGAGGACAAGAGAUUUGCAAAGUGCAGAAUUGUUCUUUUACAUACAUCAUAUCCAUUCUCAAAGGAAGCAUCAUAUCUGGCUUCUCUGUACUCCCAGGUUUACCUUGAUUUUGGCUUGGCUAUUCCAAAGCUUAGUGUGCAUGGCAUGGUUUCUGCAGUGAAAGAUCUUUUAGAGCAGGCUCCAUUAAACAAGGUGAUGUUUAGUACCGAUGCCUAUGCAUUCCCCGAACUCUUCUACUUAGGUGCAAAGAAUGCUCGCGAAGUUGUUUUCACGGUUUUGCGUGAUUCAUGUAUUGACGGUGAUCUCACUGUUCCGGAGGCUGUGGAAGUUGCAAAAGAUCUCUUUGCGCGAAAUUCAAUCAACUUCUAUAAUAUUACCAACUAAAAUUGAUGUUAGUUCACAUAAUAUUUGUGUUAAGACUUCAUAUUAUGUGGUUAUUACCUUUGUCGAUGAUGUUCUAUUUAUAGAACUCUAGUUUGUUAUCAACUUUUAGCUUUGUUCAAGUGUUGGUUUUCAGUUUCAGUCAGUUACUGUGAAAGGCAAUAUUAGCCAAUGUUAUGUUUCAGCCAUAUUAUAAGAAGUUACUCUUGUUUA